UGCCCUUUAACUAAAUGAAUGCCUUGCUGCCACAAUAGCCAUUGUGUCCUUUAACUAAAUGAAUGCCUUGCUGUCACAGUAGCCAUUGUGCCCUUUAACUAAAUGAAUGCCUUGCUGUCACAGUGGCCAUUGUGCCCUUGGGCUGUAUGUACUAAUUCUAAGGCUUGGCCGUGGCCGUACUCCCCAUAGCCUUGCUCUGAAGCACUACUCACUCGCACGGCUCUCUCAGAUAUCUCAGUUCUUAUUAACCAAUGCCCGUCACGGGAUCAGGUCCUUCUCACAGCCAUUCCGUACAGCUUGCUACUGAAGUCGGCAUUUGGGGUGGGUGUCAUCUCCAGAAUCAUCUCCUCUCCAGAAUCAUCUCAUCUCCAGAAUCAUCUCCUCUCUAGAAUCAUCUCCUCUCCAGAAUCAUCUCCUCUCCUCUCCAGAAUCAUCUCCUCUCCUCUCCAGAAUCAUCUCCUCUCCUCUCCAGAAUCAUCUCAUCUCCAGAAUCAUCUCCUCUCUAGAAUCAUCUCCUCUCCAGAAUCAUCUCCUCUCCAGAAUCAUCUCCUCUCUACAAUCAUCUCCUCUCCAGAAUCAUCUCUUCUCCAGAAUCAUCUCUUCUCCAGAAUCAUCUCCUCUCCAGAAUCAUCUCCUCUCCAGAAUCAUCUCCUCUCCAGAGUCAUCUCCUCUCCAGAGUCAUCUCCUCUCCAGAGUCAUCGCCUCUCCAGAGUCAUCUCCUCUCCAGAAUCAUCAUCUCUCUAGAAUCAUCUCCUCUCCAGAAUCAUCUCCUCUCUACAGUACCUGGUCUACUGACGUGAUCCAUCACAAUUACCACCCAUCAGGUCCAUGCAGAGUGCCAUCACACUGCUGAGGAGACAGUACAACCAACUGUCUGAACCAAAGCUGAAACAUUUCAGCUAUCUGUCUGAACCAAAGCUCUGACAGUCCUGCUCUGCCUCUGUUCUGAUCUAUUCUGAAACAUCCUUUUCUGAUCUGAUCUGGACAUUACUCUGAAACACCCUGAUCUGUUCUGAUCUAUUGUGGACGUUACUCUGAAACACCCUGUUCUGAUCUAGAUGUUACUCUGAAACACCCUGUUCUGAUCUAGAUGUUACUCUGAAACACCCUGUUCUGUUCUGGACAUUACUCUGAAACACCCUGUUAUGAUCUGAUCUGAUCUGGACGUUACUCUGAAACACCCUGUUCUGAUCUGAUCUGGACGUUACUCUGAAACACCCUGUUCUGAUCUGAUCUGGACGUUACUCUGAAACACCCUGUUCUGUUCUGAUCUAGAUGUUACUCUGAAACACCCUGUUCUGUUCUGAUCUGGAUGUUACUCUGAAACACCCUGUUCUGUUCUGAUCUGGACAUUACUCUGAAACACCCUGUUCUGAUCUGAUCUGGACGUUACUCUGAAACACCCUGUUCUGAUCUGAUCUGGACGUUACUCUGAAACACCCCGUUCUGAUCUGGACGUUACUCUGAAACACCCUGUUCUGAUCUGAUCUGGACGUUACUCUGAAACACCCUGUUCUGAUCUGAUCUGGACGUUACUCUGAAACACCCUGUUCUGAUCUGAAACACCCUGUUCUGAUCUUUUCUGAAACACCCCGUUCUGUUCUGAUCUGGAUGUUACUCUGAAACACCCUGUUCUGUUCUGAUCUAGAUGUUACUCUGAAACACCCUGUUCUGAUCUAGAUGUUACUCUGAAACACCCUGUUCUGUUCUGAUCUAGAUGUUACUCUGAAACACCCUGUUCUGAUCUGGAUGUUACUCUAAAACACCCUGUUCUGAUCUAUUCUGAAACACCCUGUUCUGUUCUGAUCUACUGUUGCUCUGACACUGUAUGUGGUCUCCAUAAUGACUGAUGUCUCUGCUCUCCCCUCCAACCACACAGACUGUCAGGUGGUGAAGGUCCCCCACCUGGUGUUCUUAGUGUUGGGUAUGGUGUCUCUCAGUGAGAACCUGUUGGUGGUGGUGGCCGUGGUGCGCAACAAGAACCUCCACUCCCCAAUGUACAUGUUUAUCUGUAGCCUGGCCACGUUCAACACCAUCUCCUCCCUCUCCAAGACCUGGGAAACCCUGAUGAUGGAGUUCAGCGAUGUCGGACAACUGGACUCCCGGGGGGACUCCGUCCGGAGGGUCGAUGACGUCAUAGACGCGCUGCUCUGCAUGUCUUUUAUCGGCUGCAUCUGUAGCUUCCUGGCCAUCGCUGUGGACCGCUACGUCACCAUCUUCCACGCACUGCGCUACCACAACAUCAUGACCACGAGGCGAGCCGCCGCCGCCCUGGCGGGGAUCUGGGCGCUAUGCGGCGUCUCCGGGGCGGUCAUGGUGGCGUUCUGCGACGCCACGGUCAUCAAGAUCUUUUUCAUCGUGCUCUUCCUCGUCUCGCUGCUCCUCAUCCUCUUCCUCUACGUCCACAUGUUCCUGCUGGCUCGGUCCCACGCCAGGAAGAUUGCAGCGCUGCCCGGGAGUGCCAUGCCGCACCGCAGCCUCCGGGGGGCGCUCACGCUCACCAUGCUAUUCGGGGUGUUUGUGGUGUGCUGGGCGCCUUUCUUCCUCCACCUCCUCCUCCUCAUGGUGUGUGUAGAGAACCCCUACUGUGAGUGCUACCGCUCUCUGUUCCAGCUGAAUUUGGUUCUGCUGAUGAGUCACGCCGUGGUCGACCCGGCCAUCUACGCCUUCCGCAGCGCAGAGCUACGAAACACCUUCAGGAAGAUGCUGCUCUGCUCCGACUCACCACUCUGCUACAAGGUCAAAGCUCUGUUCCACUGAAGGGCUUUGUCUGCACCCUAUUCCCUAGAUAAUGCACAACUUUCCACCAGAGUUUUUGACCCCGUGGGGCUUGGUUAGAGGUAGGGCACUAUAUGGGGGGUAGAGCACUAUAUGGGGAAUAGGGCCUUGGUUAGAGGUAGGGCACUAUAUGGGGAAUAGGGCACUAUAUGGGGAAUAGGGCCUUGGUUAGAGGUAGGGCACUAUAUGGGGAAUAGGGCCUUGGUUAAAGGUAGGGCACUAUAUGGGGGGUAGGGCACUAUAUGGGGGGUAGAGCACUAUAUGGGGAAUAGGGCACUAUAUGGGGAAUAGGGCCUUGGUUAGAGGUAGGGAACUAU